AUGAUGGGUUUAUCUGCAAGAUUCGCCACAGACCCUGACAUCGUUGCUCGUGGGCCGAUGUAUCGUGCUCAAGCUACCGCAGCACUGAAGAACGACCUAGAACAUAUCUGCAUCGAGAACAUCCAAGCUUGCAUUCUUGUCGGAAACAAUUUCUUCGGAGAAGGUGACGCAGAUGCCGAGUCUCUGUAUUUUGGACUCGCAAGUCGAAUGACUCAAAUUCUGAAGCUGGGAGAAAUUGACGAAAGUGAUGACGGUGUGAUGCGAGAAGUCAAGAGACGCAUAUUCUGGACGUGCUUCAUUAUCGACACUUGGGCCAGUGGAGGCUCUAACCUAUCACCACAGUUCAGAUGGCGAACCAAACAACCUCGAGGGCCACUCGACGAAUACAUGUUCUACAACAUGAGGUCAGGAGAUGGAGACGUCACAGAGUUGGACUGGAAGCCUGGAUUGUGGGCUCACAUGGUCAGACUGGUUGGGUUAUAUGCUGAGAUACAGAACCUUCAGCAAGAACUCGCGAAUGGGGUUGAGUGGAACGAACCCUUCAUAGAUGAGUCAGUGCAACGACUUGAAGCUGAGCUCAGGGCUUUCGAGGAGGGUUUGGGUCCUGGAUUGAUGUUCUCAAGGGAAAACCUGGCUUCUUUCGUCGACCGUGGCUUAGGACGCGUCUUCAUAGCUUUUCAUCUGGGCUAUCACCACUACUAUACGCUUUUAUUUUACCAAUACCUCGAUCAUCGCCGACCGCCGACAACAAACGGCCGCAAGUACGCUAGCUCCUGCAAAUCCCAUGCAGCCAUUGUAUGCGACGUUCUCAAGGCCUCACGGGAGGUCCCUGGGGCCGAAGCACUCUACAACAUCGUGGGGCAUGUGACAAUCGUGUCCUCAUCAGUGUUAUUGCACACAUAUCUAUUCGGAGAGUCUCAUGAGCUUGAGGAGUCAAGAGACCGCCUGAGUUCAAACCUCGAAUCCUUAGUACAACUAAGAAACUACUGGCCCAGCGUGGAGAUGAUGAUCAAACGCCUGGUUGUCUUUCAGAAGAAUUGCAUUCAAUCAAUGAAUGCCGAGUCUUACCGGUUCGACAGAUGGAUGGUCAAGUUUCUUAUUGCUCAUGCACUUGCUCUUGAAGAUAAGGUGGAUGAUAAUUGGUCUGCUGCCAGUGUUGAAGCAACAAACGGAAACGACCAUCUUGAACGAGGUCGCAUCACUCAGGCCAUGAUUAUGGAUAUACAGAACUAUUUUAUAGCCUUGACCCAGUAA